UUUGCCUUCGGCCUCGGAAAGAUAAGAUCUUCUUCGAACACUUAAAGAUACUUCAUGGCGGUCGAAGCCACCACCACUUCACCGGAAAUGGCUUCUUCCACGUUCAAGUAGAGCUCAACAUCUUCUCAGUUUUCGUAGGAAUCGCCAUUAUCAUCAUUACCCUUUUUGAGGAUGAGCGUCUCCGCCGCUUUUCGCGGGACUUUGGUAUCGAUAUCGCAGUGCAGCUCGUGCUGCGAUCUCCGCCUCCAACCUUGGUUCGACUCCUCCGCGAUCUGCCGGCACGAACGUGCCGGCCGGGGCAGCUUGAAGCUGCUCUUCUCGAGCUCGAAGUUGAGAUUGUGUAGCAGGAGGAGGUUUUUAUGUAGAGUGACGAACACAGAAACCGAACCCGAGAGCAAUGACGAUAAGGAAAAAGAAAUACAUGAGGAUGGAGAUAAAGCAUCUUCUGCGAAUUCUUUUAAGGAAGGGCAGCUUGGUCCUCAGGCUUUAGGCAGAGAUGAAAGCAUCAAUAGCGAAUCAGAAAAUAAGUCACAAGAUGGUAUCCAGCAGGGUGUUGAUGAUAUACAAGUUACUAGUGGCUCACCUCUGCCAGGUGUGAAGCCACAACAACUAGAUGAGUCUAUGAGGAUCCCGAAAGAGACAAUUGAAGUUCUUAAGGAUCAAGUAUUUGGCUUUGACACAUUUUUUGUGACCAGUCAGGAGCCAUAUGAGGGUGGAGUGUUGUUUAAAGGUAACCUCAGGGGGCAGCCUGCCAAAAGUUAUGAAAAGAUAUCAAUGAGGAUGCAGAAUAAAUUCGGGGAUCAAUAUAAGCUUUUCCUUUUGGUCAAUCCAGAAGAUGAUAAACCCGUGGUAGUUGUUGUUCCAAGGAUGACUCUGCAACCAGAGACAACUGCUGUCCCUGAGUGGUUUGCUGCAGGGGCUUUUGGAUUGGUCACAGUGUUCACUUUACUUCUGCAGAAUGUGCCUCUGCUACAGUCCAACUUAUUGUCAACAUUUGACAACCUCAACUUGUUAAAGGAUGGUCUACCUGGAGCCCUUGUAACUUCACUAAUUCUCGGGGUCCAUGAAUUCAGCCAUAUUCUAGUGGCAAAGAGCAGUGGAGUUAAGCUUGGAGUGCCAUAUUUUGUUCCCAGUUGGCAGAUAGGCUCUUUUGGUGCUAUAACAAGAAUCGUCAAUAUUGUGCCCAAGCGUGAAGAUCUUCUGAAGGUUGCAGUGGCAGGACCCUUGGCUGGAUUUUCCAUGGGUCUCGUGCUUUUGCUUCUAGGAUUCUUUUUACCACCUACAGAUGGGCUUGGAGUUGUGGUUGAUGCUUCUGUGUUCCACGAGUCCCUUCUUGCCGGAGGAAUAGCAAAGCUUCUUCUUGGCGAUGUUUUAAAAGAAGGCACUCCCAUAUCUGUCAAUCCUCUUGUUAUAUGGGCAUGUGGUGGACUUCUUAUCAAUGCGAUCAACAGUAUCCCUGCAGGGGAGCUUGAUGGAGGGCGAAUAUCAUUUGCCAUAUGGGGUAGAAAGGCUUCUGCUCGAUUUACAGCUGCCUCAAUUGGGCUUCUUGGGCUAUCCUCUCUGUUGAACGAUGUUGCGUUUUACUGGGUAGUUUUGAUUUUCUUCCUGCAACGGGGCCCGAUUGCACCACUCUCAGAUGAAGUCACUGAUCCAGACCAGAAGGAUGUUACACUUGGAAUCUUAGUGUUGUUCAUAGGUCUGCUGGUAUGUUUGCCCUACCCAUUUCCUUUUACUGAUGAAGUCAUUAGCAGUUCCUAGUUAUAAAUGCUUUGUAUACGUUGGUCUUAUGUAGAAUGUGAGAAUAUAAUCAGUAGGAGAUAACAAAAUAAGGGAGAUGCCCAGUCAUUUUAUUAUAUUUUUCAUAAUUUCACUUUUGAAAAGGAAAUGGUCUCCGGAUUCAUUUCAAGCGGGAUACUAGGGGUCACUUAGAUGCCGGAGUAAAUUUCCUGAAUAUCUGUAGUCAAAGUCAAUAAUGAGCAAUUGCCGAUGCAACAUUUUUGAUAAAGCAA